CACAAUUCCAAAGUGCACUUCUCCACUUCACUCCUCGUCUCUUGCCGUCUUUUGUCCGCAAGUCUCGUGCUCUCACUCUCCACCUUCUUCUUCCCAGCUUCUCUCGUCUCGGCUCAAGGCUCUAGCCAUGGACGCCGCCGCAAUGGAAUCCCUCAUCCUGGAGCUCCACGCCAUCGAGGCCGUCAAGUUCGGCGCCUUCGUGCUCAAGUCCGGCAUCACCUCCCCGAUCUACCUCGACCUCCGCAUGCUCGUCGCCCACCCGCGCCUCCUCUCCACCGUCGCCUCCCUCCUCGGCUCCCUCCCGGCGACCCGCCCCUACGACCUCCUCUGCGGCGUCCCCUACACCGCGCUCCCCAUCGCCUCCGUCCUCUCCGCCGCCGCCUCCGUCCCCAUGCUCCUCCGCCGCUACCACGUCACGCCGCACGCCGCCGCCGAAUGCCUCGACGGGUCCUUCCGCGCCGGGGACGCCGUGCUCAUCGUCGAGGACCUCGUCACCACGGGCUCCUCCGUGCUCGAGACCGUCGCGCCACUCCGCGAGGUCGGGCUCGUCGUCGCCGACGCCGUCGUGGUCAUCGACCGCGAGCAGGGCGGGAGGGAGAACCUCGCCGCGAACGGGGUCGCGCUCCACUCGCUCAUGACGCUCACGGAGGUGCUCGCCGUCCUCGUGAAGCGCGGGAAGCUGGGCGAGGAGAAGGCCCAGGAGGUGAAGCGAUUCCUCGACGCAAACAGGAAGAUGGCUGUGCCGGGACUGCCGGUUAAACCGAAAGUAGUUAGGAAGGCAUUUUCUGAGAGAGCUGGAUUGGCGACGAAUCCGAUGGGGAGGAAGCUGUUCGAGUUGAUGGAGGCCAAGCAAAGCAACUUGUGUGUUGCUGCAGAUGUCGGGACAGCAACAGAGCUACUUGAUCUCGCCGAUAAGAUUGGUCCAGAGAUCUGCAUGUUGAAAACUCAUGUGGAUAUCUUGUCUGAUUUUACACCGGAUUUUGGCCACAAGCUCCGUUCGAUUGCUGAGAGGCACAGCUUUUUGAUAUUUGAAGACCGCAAGUUUGCAGACAUUGGAAACACAGUAACUAUGCAAUAUGAAGGAGGAAUAUUCCGCAUAUUAGACUGGGCUGAUAUUGUUAAUGCACAUAUAGUUUCUGGACCUGGAAUUGUAGAAGGCUUGAAGCUGAAGGGUCUGCCAAAAGGAAGAGGGUUACUUUUGCUUUCUGAAAUGAGUUCAGCUGGCAACCUUGCUCAUGGAGAUUACACUGCUGCAGCCGUGAAGAUUGCUGAGCAACAUUCUGAUAUUGUAAUUGGAUUUAUAUCAGUAAAUCCUGCAUCUUGGUCAGUGACGCCGUCAAGUCCAGCGUUCAUCCAUGCUACUCCUGGAGUUCAGUUGGUUGCUGGGGGAGACUCGCUUGGUCAACAGUACAACACUCCUUACUCUGUCAUAAACGACAGAGGCAGCGACAUAAUUAUAGUCGGUCGUGGGAUUAUAAGGGCGAACAAUCCUGCUGAGACCGCGAGAGAGUACCGCAUCCAAGGAUGGCAUGCUUACCAAUCCAGCUUAUCAUGAGAAUGCUGUAAGGUCUCUCCCAUUCUGUAACACGAAUGUAAGGGCAUUCAGGCGAUUGACUGACGCAAUAAAAGAGAGUAUACGCAUGCUCUAUCAUCGCUGUGGUUCGUAAUUCACAUGCCCUAUAUUGACACGCACUAUCCCAGCAACAAUUUCGUUUAUGUGAUGGUAAAUAAAUAAAGUUUGCUCCGAACAUA